AUGUCUAAAAGGUACGCCAUAUACACCACCAACUUUUCCAUAAAACUCGGGCACUUAGGACGUACCAUCCCGAAGACGUUACUGGCACCACCCCCGACGGCAAGAUCGAGAGAUGAGCGACCGGAGCGAAAUGGAGAAGCGGAGAGGAGAGAGAAGCAGAGGAGCUCCGACCCGCCCUACCUGAGAGAAGAGUGGAGACCAGGAGAAGCUUCUGCUCCCGACCCAAGCGGAGAGAAUCGAGAAGAGAACGAGGAGAGAGAUGGAGAAGAGAGGGUGGAGGGAGAGGAGGAGAAGAGAUACCUAAAACGAAAACGAAACUACAACGGUAAGACCUUUGUUGGGCAUAACCUUUUUUAUCUGUUUUAUUUUACAGAGAGAAGAGCAACCUGUCCCUCAGAUCAAUGUGAAUAUCCGCCAUUCUGUCUAACGCAGGGCGUCCUUUACAGUAUUGGUGGCAAAUGCGUCAAAUGCAAUACUAAUGGAAAUGACCUGACUCUCAGUUGUUUGAAAGCCCCACAUUGCUGGAAGCAAGGGACGUCUGUAUACCAAGGAACAUGCUAUAAAUGCAGCGCCGAUCUGCAACUCACAGAAGAAUGUCACGUCUGCGGCACCGACACAUGUCUGCCCAAGGACGGAAGCAAUAUGACGGUAGGCGACAUGACAUACAUAUGUGGAUCGGCUGCGCAACCUGGAGCACCACCUACCACAGUCCCCAUCCCCACUACACCCCUCCCCAGCUCUGGGUGCUCCUGCAUCCUGACUAUUAACAACGUGAACUACACCAUCACGAACGGCGAGACCAAGAAGAUAGAAUGUGACACAUGGAAGUGUGAACCUGACGCCUCCGGAACGUGCGCCCCGUCGGUAGAUCACGCAGGAUGCAAGAGGGACAACGGAAGUUGUGCGGCCGUUGGAAUCUAUGAUGCAUGUAACAAGGAAUGCCAAACGGGGAGUUAUGGAAUGGGGAAAUGGGCAUACACCAAGUGCAAAUUUGCCGACGGGACGUGUGUUGACGUCGGUAGUUCUCUACACUGCUACACCUGCCAACCUGAUCACAAUCUUAAGAAAACUGGUUGUAAGUCGGCAAGCGGAGAGUGUUUCGACGUGAAUGAACAAGAUGGCUGUAACAUCUGUAAAGCGGAUUUUAGCUGGAAUCUCCGCUGUGACCACGAUGAUAGCUGUCUGGACAUUGGUGCGACUGCGACGACGAACUGUGUGACCUAUGAAUGUCAGUCCAACACCGUUGGUCAAACCACCUCAUACGGCAUGGUGGAAACCAGUCGAAAAUGCAGAUCUUCAGCUGGAGCCUGUUUGAACACUGGGGAUGUGGAUGGGUGCAGCGUUUGCAAAGCUAACGGAACGUUUGACAUCAAGUGUGAGGAUUCAUCGGGCGGCUGUUACAACGAAAACGAAUCUAAAACAACGGACUGUAUCACAUACACUUGUACUGUAUCCGGGAAUUCGUACGCACUAAGCGUCACUAAGAAAGAGUGCCUGAAUGGAGGUGAAUGCUUUCCAGAAGGACACACCUUUGAGUUUGGGUGCAAGCAAAAGAUCUGUUCAACAACAGGCACAAGUGUCGGCUUCAUCGACGACCCGAACGGGCCAGUCAAAUGUAACUUUGCGGGGACCUGCUUGACCCCAGGCCAGACUAAGGACUGUCAUCUGUGUAAAGCGGACGGUCACAUGGAUUGGAAGUGUAAGGACAGCAACGGCAACUGUCACAACAACGGAGACACGUGGGACACGUGCUCGUGCACCAUCAGUGGCAACAGCGCCAACAUCACCUGCACCUAGAUAGGUGCAUAAUCGAUUCACAGAUCUUAGAAAAUACAAUAGUUAAAACGGACACACACAGACUAUCACGCAACCGUAAUGCAAGCAUAAAAUACACAUGAAUAUACACACAUAUACACACAAAAAUGAAGAAAAAAACCCCAGACAAAAAACCAACAAAAAACACACACACCAAAUUAGGCAGUGUACACACAAAUUUGGACAGACACUAUCCCACACAUUCAUAAAACACAUAUAAGCAUUCACAAUCAAAGACGAACAUGGAAACACAAUAGAGGUGAACAAUCAGACGCAGAUCGCACAUGGAAAUACAUUUUAUUUACAUACAAACAAACGAGAAAAUAGGCCUUCACCUUCGAAAAAACACAGGCUCGGAGAUUUGGAAAGAAAUAAUAAUAAUAAUAAUGUAUA